AUGGAUUAUAUAAAUUUUCCCAACCUGACCAGCGUUUAUUCGCCCAACCGUGAGGCGUGUCUAGUGCUAAAUAAGACCAAAAUCUUGAUUAACCUUUACGAAGGUAUCCCGGAGACGUUGCUGCUGAAUGUGAUAGCGUGGUUUUUCUUGAUACUGCUGUUCACGCUGCUCCGUCAGCAAGCCUGGGAUUAUGGACGGCUAGCGCUAGUGAACAGUCACGGUGAGAACAAACGCUGGACGCAACUGUUUUAUGCCCAUGGUAAUGUGCCCGGUGGUGGAGGGGCGAUGGGCAGCUCGACGGAAACGUCAGACACACUCAACAGUCUCAGCAUCGAUCGGGGCUUCUUCUCCUGGAUAGUUGCCACGUUUCGUUUAACGAAGGAGCAAAUUCUUACACACAGUGGCCCGGAUGCAGUGCACUAUCUCUCAUUUCAGCGACACCUAAUCGUGGUGAUGGGUAUUAUGACGGUGAUUUCGAUCGCUAUUAUACUUCCGAUCAAUUUUUCCGGCACGCUCAGUGGUGAUAAGAACUCGUUUGGGCACACGACGAUUUCGAACCUCGAACCAGAUUCACCCUCGAUGUGGGCCCACGUCGUGUUUGCUAUUGCCUACGUACCGAUGGUGGUGUUGGUUAUGCGUCGUGCAUCUGGUCGCAAUGCUUUCAAAACCGCCCCGACGCGCACGAUCAUGGCGACUAAUAUAUCGCAAGGCGAUUGCAGCAAAACCAUCAUAAGAACUUACCUGCAGCAGCUCUUUCCGGACGUGUCGAUCGAAGACAUCCAACUGGCCUACAAUAUAUCAAGUUUGAUUAAAGCAGCUGAAGAAUAUGAGCGAACAGUCGAGGCACGCAUCUACUGCGAAGCGCACCGAAAUCGGGAUGCAAUCCAAGCUCAACCGUCUUGUUUCAGCUGUGAAAAGGUAGAUGCAUUGGAGUACUACAAAGAUCACGAAGCACAAUUGGCUGGAGAGGUUGCUCGGUUGCGUGCUUCGGCACUGAAUGAACCGCUCGGUAUUGCAUUCGUGACGCUCAAUUCUGCCCACGAGGCGCAACACGUUAUGCUGCAUUUUAAGCCGGGAACGUAUCGCGAGUGGAAUCUUUCGUUUGCCCCGGCUCCAUCGGAUAUCUUCUGGGAAAAUCUCAACAUCGAUACCGCCCAGUGGUACUGCAAGUGGGCAACGGUUAACUUUGCGCUAUUUCUGUUUCUAUUUUUCCUUACCACCCCCGUCAUCAUUGUGAAUCAGCUGGACACGCUUUCGCUAACGAAAAACACCACCUCGCAGAUCAGCAAGAUCAGCCCGCUAGUUUCAGAAUUCCUGCCCACGUUACUGCUGUGGUCCCUGUCCGCAUUGAUGCCAGUGAUCGUCGCAUACUCGGACACGUGGUUGUCGCACUGGACACGUUCGCGACAAAACUAUCUGAUAAUGACAAAAACUUUUGGCUAUCUGCUGUUCAUGAUAUUAAUCCUACCGUCCCUCGGUUUGACGAGCGCCCAGGCGCUACUGCAAUGGACUAUUGAGUCGAACGACACGUACCGGUGGGAAUGUAUCUUUCUGCCGGACAAAGGUGCGUUCUUUGUAAACUAUAUUAUUACUGCGGCGUUCAUCGGUACGGCGCUCGAGUUGAUACGUUUUCCGGACCUUAUUUGCUACAUCUGGAAGCUGGCGACGGCAAAAUCACGAGCCGAGACACCCUACAUACGUAAAUCUAUCCUUAUCACAUUCCCGUUUGGUAUACACUACGCCUGGAUGGUGAUGGUGUUUACGACUAGUACAGUUUACAGUUUGGCCUGUCCACUAAUCAUGCCCUUCGCCAUGGUAUACAUCACGCUGAAACAUUUCGUCGACAAGCAUAAUCUCUUUUUUGCAUUCGCACCAUCGAACAUGAUCAGCCAAGGCAGCGGGGGUAAGAUUCACAGCACUGCCGUUACUAUGACGAAAUUUUCGGUUGUCCUGUUGCUGAUCAUCAUGGCAGCGUUGGCAGUGGUGCGCACUGGUACGCUUGAGCUACGUGCGGGUGUACUAAUCAUGGCCUUGUGCGUAACGCUCGUCAUGUUUGCAUGCAUGUCACCGAUUAAACGGUGCACAACAUCACCUCUACGCAUCGUCGAAAUGGAUGGACCAGCUCCGAUCUACGUAGCGGAUGUGUUGAUUAACCGACGCAUGGUGUCGGACAGCCCGUCCCAUCUUAGCUAUGGGUCAGAUACGACCAUGAACAUUGUGAUGAAUGAUGCCGGUGUCAGUGUGACUGCAUAG